CUUCCGGCGUCGGCCGGAAGCGUGCCCCGUUGCCAUGGCGAGCGGCGGCGGCGGCUCCGCCCCGGGCAGCGGCUGCGGGCGGGCAGGGCCGCGGGGCCGGCACCGGCAGGAUUUUGGCCGCGCCGCGAAGCUCAUCCCACCGUGGCCGGGGAGAAGCCGGAGCCCCCGGCACAGCGAUAUCCCAAGAGGCCAUCCCGAUUUUGGCAGUUUUCCGAGCCGGAAUAUCGGCUCCACGGUGAGACCGGAGCGACGGCGGCUGCUGAAUGAUCAUCAAAUGCUUCCGAAAAGUGGGAAGGCAAAAUCGCGUCGGGAUAAUAACGAGCAUUUGGGAUCGGACUGACGGCAUUUCACCGGCCUCACUCCUCCGUGCCUUCGGAUCCGGCGUCACCGGCCGGCUCCAUCCCAAAUCACCGCCGUGCCGGGAAGGGAUCGCCCCCCCUAAGGUUUAACGGGACCCUCUGACCUCCCCCUGCCGCCAUUUUGGGUGCUAAAAAGCGGGAAAAGGAGCAUCCGGAGUGGGGAGAUGCUUCCGAAACGCCGAUCCCUGUCUCCGGAGCCGGCAUCGAAGUUCCGGAAAAACACCGUCAUCCAGGGAUAAACCCAACCCUUCCCCGCUGCGUGGGACGGCGGGUGAUGCCGCUUGGGGAGCCGACGCUUCCCUAUCUUGUAUUCCCGGUGGGAUACGUUCCCUUUUUCCCACUCGAUUCCUCGCCAUGGCGGAUCACCUGGAACUGCUGGCGGAGAUGCCGGCGGUGACGCGGCUCAACACGCCGGAACGCUUGAAACACGCCCAAAAACGCCGGGCCCAGCAGCUGAAAAAAUGGGCGCAGGCGGAAAAGGAGACGCCGGGCCUGAAGUUGGGAAGCGAGAGGAAGAGGAGGAGGAGGAAGAGCCAAGGAAAAAGGGUGACAUUCCCAGACAGCGUCCGGCUCUUGGAAGCGGCCGGUCGGCACGACGCCGAGGAAGUCCAGCAAUUCCUGCAGAGCGGAAUCAGCCCCGACCUCUGCAACGAGGACGGUCUCACCGCGCUGCACCAGUGCUGCAUCGACGACUUCGGUGACGUGGUGACGACGCUGCUGGACGCCGGCGCCGACGUCAACGCCCGGGACAGCGAACUCUGGACCCCUCUCCACGCCGCCGCCACCUGCGGCCACCUCCGCCUGGUCCAGCUCCUCGUCCGACGCGGCGCCGACCUGCUGGCCGUCAACUCGGACGGCAACAUGCCCUACGACCUGUGCGAGGACGAGGUGACGCUGGAGUGCCUGGAGAACGCCAUGGCGGAGCAGGGUAUCACCCAGGAGAAAAUCGAAGAAGCCCGCGGCGCCACCGAACGCGCCAUGGUCCGGGAGAUCCGGCGGCUCAUCCAGGCGGGAGACGACCUGGACGCGCCGCGGGGUCACGGCGCCACCUUGCUUCACAUCGCGGCGGCCAACGGUUACGCCGAGGCGGCCGAGCUGCUGCUGGAGCACCGGGCCAGCCCCGACGCCAGGGACGAGGACGGGUGGCAACCGCUCCACGCCGCCGCCUGUUGGGGACAGGUGCCGCUGGUGGAGCUGCUGGUGGCCCACGGCGCCGACCUGGAGGGGAAGUCGGAGCUGGAGGAGACGCCCCUGGACGUCUGCGGUGACGAUGACGUCCGGGCCACGCUGCUGGAGCUGAAGCAGCGUCACGCCGCCCUGCGCCGCGGCCAGGACAAGCACCGCUCCCUCCUCCAGCGCCGCACCUCCAGCGCCGCCAGCCGCGGGAAGGUGGUGCGACGCGCCAGCCUCUCCCACCGCGCCGACCUCUACCGCAAGGAGCUGCGGCGGGAGGCCAUCGUCUGGCAGCGCGGGGACAGCGAGGACGAGGACAGCCAGGGCCACCGCGGC